GUUGUAUGCCCGUCUGGCUUGCUCCCAGCUCAUCCGUGGGUUCAAUUCUUUACUCUACAUGUUUGUUACAACUACCUUGACUCGCUAAGGCAUUGUUCACCGGCAUUCAACGCCACGCUGUCACGAAUGCUUCGAUCAUUCGCUCAGAAUCGCUCACCGGUAACUGCAAACGCCAUGGCAGACGCAACCAGGCUGCGAACGCUGGCCAAUACCAGUGCACCAUGACUGCGACAUGUGCACACUUCGCGUCGAAAUUAGCCCUGUGCUUUUAUCAAAACCUCAUCUCUUCCUUUGUAUCACUACGCUCUACCCCUUGCGGAUGCGUGCCCUAUGGCGGAGAUAGCGGGCACCGCUGUUGGUAUCGUUUCUCUUUCUAUUCAGAUCUGCGAGCGGCUUGUGUGGUACACAAACAACGUCAAAGAUGCCAGGGAGAAGGCCGAAAAUCUCCGCACGGGAUUGAAUCAGCUCUCGGAUGUCCUUGAAGCUCUUGAAGCAUGCAUCGACCGACUCCGCGGUCCCGUGCUUGUAACAGCGGCUCGAGACAGCGUCAUCGCGUGCGCAAAUGCCAUGGAGACUAUCAAGAAUAAACUAGGGUCAUGUUCAACCUCGAAUAAGUCCAAGCUUCGCAUCGGCAUGGGAAGGUUAGCAACGAGACUUAUCUUCCUCUUUAAGGAAUCAGAUGUACUAUACCUGAGAGGUAUGGUGAGUGACAUACUGCAAACUUGGCAGGUUGCUCUUCAUGCACUUCAGCUGAGAGAGAGAAUAUAUCAGAAGGUUCGUUAGAAUUUGAAGGGAUCAACAACGCUUGAACUUUGACCGUAUGCACGCGCAAAUUAGUCAGGGAUCCCGCGCGAGCCAGUCCAUGAGCCAGUCGAUCCUUGAUA